AUGUGGAACUUCAUGAAGGCAUGGAAGGGCAGGAAGAUACCGUGCCAAGGAGCCAAGAACGACCAGCUGUGGCACAAGGUGGACCAGGAGCCCCACGAAGUCGAGCUCUCGCGGCGAGUUUCCUACGCGGUGAGGUUGCUCAGGGAGUACGGGGAGGCCAAGAAACUCUGCAACGCAGACUCGAAGAUGAAGACCUUCGAUGGCGACUGGGACCGUGGCCAAGCUCUGCUGGACCAGGAGCUGGCAGAGUUCAAGCUUCCCGAGCGGCUCGGAGAGAUCAACGACCCUCCCAGGCCACAGCGAUUCAAGUCGAGGGGCCGCCGCUUCGCCAGGGACGCCAGGGAUGGCCUGGGGGCGGGAGACGGAGAGACGGUCGGCCAACACUCGGCUACCAAGAUGGCCCGGCGGGGCGACAUGCUGUCCGACUUGAUGACUGAAUUCGACUUGGUUGCUACCAAUACCUUCUCCCGAGGCCAGAUCGACUUCAUGCUGUGCCACCGCGACUGGCUCACCUCAGUGACGUGCCAGGCCAGCUUCACGGAUGCCGAGCAGAGCGAUCACCUCCCCUUGCUGCUACGCUGCCAUGCGUCGAAGGCCACCCCGACGAUCACCGAACCCGAGCUCGACCUCGAGGGCGCUGACCUGAUGGAACGGCCGCCGCGCAAGCCCGUUGCUUGGCCAUUAGAGGACGCCCACUUAUUCAAUGAGACGGUCUGCUCGACUCUGCGGAUGCCGUACUUUCCAACCGCGAUGGAUGGCUUCACCGAGGGCGACCUCGCGAACGCGCUGGGCAUCUUCACGGACGGCUCGGCGCGGGGGCGACGGCGUGGACAGCGCCAGGCUGCUAGCGCAGGCUGGGGCUUCGCCGUCUACCGCACCACCACGCCGCGCGACCAGGACGAGCCGAUGGUCGAGGCGUGCGGCCCUGUGGUCACCAACCACCUGGACCCCCGCUUCCUGGGCGCCUGUGCCCUCGCGGCGAACACGGGCGAGCUCUCGGCGAUCGCGGAGGCGCUCUUCUGGUUGCUGGGACAGCGCGGCUCCCUGCAGCCGACGGCCCAGGACGGCGGGCCCAUCCAGAUCGUCACCGACUCGACGUGCGUCCAGGGGCUCCUCACUGAAGUUCUUCAGCCACGAAAGAACGCCCCCUUGGCGAUUCUGGCCGUGCACUUGUGGAAGCGGGCCGCCUUGCACUUUGAUGUGCACAUCCGCUGGGUCAAGGGCCACAGCGGCAACCUGGGCAACGAGAAGGCUGACUUCUGGGCGAAACGGGGCGCGGACAAAGCGCUUCGACAGUGCCCGCUGGAGACGCUCUUCAACCCGCAGCCGCGUCUGGCCGCGUGCUCCAGACAGGGCGCCCCGUCCAUCUCCGCGCUGGCGUGGGCGGUCUCCGCUGGUGCAGCCGCGGCCGGCCACGCCCCUCGGCGUGGGCGCUGGCGACCCCCGCAGGGGGGCCCUGAGCUCCUCCACCUGAAGCGCCUGGAGCAGCUGCGCGCGCAGGAGACGGACUUGCGCGUGCGGCACCUGCUGGGGCCUACGGUGGCCAAGGCCAUGCGCGCCCCGAGGGACCGCUGCAACGCGGUUCACCUGGAGCGCUUGUGCGCGAGGGGGCGGGCCGACAGACCAUAUCGCUCUGGCAAGCCUGUCUGCGAGCUGACGACGGAAGAGGGUCGGAGCGCCAACACCGCGCAGGCCCGCUGCGAGCUGACCCGCGCCUUCUACGCCGACCUGUUCGCUGAUCCGACCAGCGACCAGGCCCUGCCCGCCUGGGUGCACUGCCAGUGGACAGCCGAGCACCAACAGUUUCUCGCAGCGUUUCGCCUGAGACUCUGCAACCAUGUGAGCGAGUACUUCGACCAGGCCUGGGCGGAGCACGUUGUCCAGUUGAUCCGACAGAAACCUGAGGCCCAGAAGGUGGCCGAGUUCAGACCCAUCGCCUUGGUGUCGGUGUUGCUGAAAAUCCUGUCGAUGAUGGUCCUGGAGGUUCCCGUCAACGAAAUGGAGUGGUGCCAUGCGUAUCCCACUUAUAUCGGCACGCUUCGCGUCAGAGGCACCUUGAUCCCCUGCCGCGAAAGAGCGGACGGCCUCAAGGUUCUAGGAACGUACAUUGCCUUCGACAGGAGCUGCACGGCGGAGGUAGGCAAUAGGCGGGCGCGCACUGCGGCAGCGGCGCGCUUCGGCGAGCGAGAGCCCCACGGCUCGCUGGGCAGGCUGCCGGCGGCGACUGGUGGCGGCCCGCCGCCGGCCGCUGUGGGCGGAGGGCACGGCCGCGCGCUCUUGCGGGAGGCGGCGCUUGGCGGGCAGUGGCAGCUUCAAUGGGGCCACGACCCCGCGAGCGAGAAGGACGGGCAGUGGCAGCCGCUUGCGGGCAGGCAGUGCCAGCAUCGAGCGGACGGGCCAGGUGGUGGCGAGGAGGCCGGGCAGAGACAGAGUUGCGAGGAGAGCUCGCGUGAGAAGAACGGGCAGGAGGCGAAGCUGGCGCCCAGCUACUGCAACCACAAUGGGAACAGCGCGUGCGACAAGUGGGAGAAAGCGACAGAGCCAGACACCAUCAGGUACAGCGCUGGUACCGAGCAAGCAGUCGAGGGCUGGCCCACCGGGCUAUGCGGCGAGGACGGGGUGCACAUAGGCGACGUGGUGGUUCAGCUCGAGCGCGACGGAUGGGCGCAGGAAGAGCGCCCUGCCGACCAGGUGCUGGACCUGGAUGCCGUUGGCGCGGGCUGGGCGUGCCUGCCUCCCAUACCAGCGCCCAAGGGCGCCUUCGCUGGGGCCGCGGCGGCCGGGCGCCUCUACGCGGUCGGAGGCUGGAGCUGGCUCGACUAUUCGGGUGCCGUGCAGCGCUUCUGCCCGCGCGAGGGCGCCUGGGCCGCACUGCCGCGCAUGCCGACCAGGAGGGCCUGGUGCGCCGCCGCGUGCGUCAGGCUCUCGCCCCCCGCCUGCGCCUUCUGCUCGGGUAUGCAGUGGGGGCCCAUGCCAAGAAACACCCUGCUCGUCUCCAGGUGUGUUUCUGCCCCUCUUGGAUCCUGCCCGCGCGCCUCCCCUCUUCCUCCCGCGCUCCCUGCUCGCUCCCUGCUCUUGCUGCUGCUCCUUCCCUGCCGCCGCCGCCGCCGCUGCUGCCGGGGGGGAGGGGUGCCGACGGGGCCGAGGGAGGGGGCGGCUGCUUCUGGGCCUCGUGCCUGCGGCUCGAGACCGCCGUCAGGGCUUGGCUGGCCUUCGUGUCUCGGGACGCCUCCUCGGCCGCUCCUCCCCACCCCCAGAGAGCCUGGAGGGCUCUCCUGGUGA